CGCCCCACGCCCGCCACACUCGCGCGCUCGCUCGGCUGCCAGCGGUGUCUGUGGACGUCCAGGCUAGCGGCGGCCCGCGGGCGGCGGGGAGAAAGACUCCCUCACCUGGCCUUGCGGCUGUGGCCACCGCCGGCCAGGGGUGCGGAGGGCGUGCUGCUGGAGACGUCCGCCGGGCUCUGCAGUGCCGCCGGGUGUCGGGCAGCGAUGGAGCCGCGGCCCACGGCGCCCUCCUCCGGCGCCCCGGGACUGGCCGGGGUCGGGGAGACGCCGCCAGCCGCUGCACUGGCCGCCGCCAGGGUGGAACUGCCCGGCACGGCUGUGCCCUCGGUGCCGGAGGAUGCUGCGCCCGCGAGCCGGGACGGCGGCGGGGUCCGCGGUGAGGGCCCGGUGUCGGCCGGGGACGGGUUGGGCAGACCCUUGGGGCCCACCCCUAGCCAGAGCCGUUUCCAGGUGGACCUGGUUUCCGAGAACGCUGGGCGGGCCGCCGCUGCUGCUGCUGCUGCUGCUGCUGCUGCUGCUGCGGCAGCGGCGGCGGCGGCGGCGGCGGCUGGUGCUGGGGCGGGGGCCAAGCAGACCCCCGCGGACGGGGAAGCCAGUGGCGAGAGCGGGCCGGAUAAAGGCAGCGAGGAAGCCAAGGGCCGCUUCCGCGUGAACUUCGUGGACCCAGCUGCCUCCUCGUCGGCUGAAGACAGCCUGUCGGAUGCGGCCGGGGUCGGAGUCGACGGGCCCAACGUGAGCUUCCAGAACGGCGGGGACACGGUGCUGAGCGAGGGCAGCAGCCUGCACUCCGGCGGCGGCGGCAGUGGGCACCACCAGCACUACUAUUAUGAUACCCACACCAACACCUACUACCUGCGCACCUUCGGCCACAACACCAUGGACGCUGUGCCCAGAAUCGAUCACUACCGGCACACAGCCGCGCAGCUGGGCGAGAAGCUGCUCCGGCCUAGCCUGGCGGAGCUCCACGACGAGCUGGAAAAGGAACCUUUUGAGGAUGGCUUUGCAAAUGGGGAAGAAAGUACUCCAACCAGAGAUGCUGUGGUCACAUAUACUGCGGAAAGUAAAGGAGUCGUGAAGUUUGGUUGGAUCAAGGGUGUAUUAGUACGUUGUAUGUUAAACAUUUGGGGUGUGAUGCUCUUCAUUAGAUUGUCAUGGAUUGUGGGUCAAGCUGGAAUAGGUCUAUCAGUCCUUGUAAUAAUGAUGGCCACUGUUGUGACAACUAUCACAGGAUUGUCUACUUCAGCAAUAGCAACUAAUGGAUUUGUAAGAGGAGGAGGAGCAUAUUAUUUAAUAUCUAGAAGUCUAGGGCCAGAAUUUGGUGGUGCAAUUGGUCUAAUCUUCGCCUUUGCCAACGCCGUUGCAGUUGCUAUGUAUGUGGUUGGAUUUGCAGAAACUGUGGUGGAGUUGCUUAAGGAACAUUCCAUACUUAUGAUAGAUGAGAUCAAUGAUAUCCGAAUUAUUGGAGCCAUUACAGUGGUGAUUCUUUUAGGUAUCUCAGUAGCUGGAAUGGAGUGGGAAGCAAAAGCUCAGAUUGUUCUUUUGGUGAUCCUACUUCUUGCUAUUGGUGAUUUCGUCAUAGGAACAUUUAUCCCACUGGAGAGCAAGAAGCCAAAAGGGUUUUUUGGUUAUAAAUCUGAAAUAUUUAAUGAGAACUUUGGGCCCGAUUUUCGAGAGGAAGAGACUUUCUUUUCUGUAUUUGCCAUCUUUUUUCCUGCUGCAACUGGUAUUCUGGCUGGAGCAAAUAUCUCAGGUGAUCUUGCAGAUCCUCAGUCAGCCAUACCCAAAGGAACGCUCCUAGCGAUUUUAAUUACUACAUUGGUUUACGUAGGAAUUGCAGUAUCUGUAGGUUCUUGUGUUGUUCGAGAUGCCACUGGAAACGUUAAUGACACUAUUCUAACAGAGGUAACAAACUGUACUUCUGCAGCCUGCAAAUUAAACUUUGAUUUUUCAUCUUGUGAAAGCAGUCCUUGUUCCUAUGGCCUAAUGAACAACUUCCAGGUAAUGAGUAUGGUGUCAGGAUUUACACCAUUAAUUUCUGCAGGUAUAUUUUCAGCCACUCUUUCUUCAGCAUUAGCAUCCCUUGUGAGUGCUCCCAAAAUAUUUCAGGCUUUAUGUAAGGACAACAUCUACCCAGCUUUCCAGAUGUUUGCUAAAGGUUAUGGGAAAAAUAAUGAACCUCUUCGUGGCUACAUCUUAACAUUCUUAAUCGCACUUGGAUUCAUCUUAAUUGCUGAACUGAACGUUAUUGCUCCAAUUAUCUCAAACUUCUUUCUUGCAUCAUAUGCAUUGAUUAAUUUUUCAGUAUUCCAUGCAUCACUUGCAAAAUCUCCAGGAUGGCGUCCUGCAUUCAAAUACUACAACAUGUGGAUAUCACUUCUUGGAGCAAUUCUUUGUUGCAUAGUAAUGUUUGUCAUUAACUGGUGGGCUGCAUUGCUAACAUAUGUGAUAGUCCUUGGGCUGUAUAUUUAUGUUACCUACAAAAAACCAGAUGUGAAUUGGGGAUCCUCCACACAAGCCCUGACUUACCUGAAUGCACUGCAGCAUUCAAUUCGUCUUUCUGGAGUGGAAGACCACGUGAAAAACUUUAGGCCACAGUGUCUUGUUAUGACAGGUGCUCCAAACUCACGUCCAGCUUUACUUCAUCUUGUUCAUGAUUUCACAAAAAAUGUUGGUUUGAUGAUCUGUGGCCACGUACAUAUGGGUCCUCGAAGACAAGCCAUGAAAGAGAUGUCCAUCGAUCAAGCCAAAUAUCAGCGAUGGCUUAUUAAGAACAAAAUGAAGGCAUUUUAUGCUCCAGUACAUGCAGAUGACUUGAGAGAAGGUGCACAGUAUUUGAUGCAGGCUGCUGGUCUUGGUCGUAUGAAGCCAAACACACUUGUCCUUGGAUUUAAGAAAGAUUGGUUGCAAGCAGAUAUGAGGGAUGUGGAUAUGUAUAUAAACUUAUUUCAUGAUGCCUUUGACAUACAAUAUGGAGUAGUGGUUAUUCGCCUAAAAGAAGGUCUGGAUAUAUCUCAUCUUCAAGGACAAGAAGAAUUAUUGUCAUCACAAGAGAAAUCUCCUGGCUCCAAGGAUGUGGUAGUAAGUGUGGAGUAUAGUAAAAAGUCCGAUUUAGAUACUUCCAAACCACUCAGUGAAAAACCAAUUACAUACAAAGUUGAGGAAGAGGAUGGCAAGACUGCAACUCAACCACUGUUGAAAAAAGAAUCCAAAGGCCCUAUUGUGCCUUUAAAUGUAGCUGACCAAAAGCUUCUUGAAGCUAGUACACAGUUUCAGAAAAAACAAGGAAAGAAUACUAUUGAUGUCUGGUGGCUUUUUGAUGAUGGAGGUUUGACCUUACUGAUACCUUACCUUCUGACGACCAAGAAAAAAUGGAAAGACUGUAAGAUCAGAGUAUUCAUUGGUGGAAAGAUAAACAGAAUAGACCAUGACCGGAGAGCGAUGGCUACUUUGCUUAGCAAGUUCCGGAUAGACUUUUCUGAUAUUAUGGUCCUAGGAGAUAUCAAUACCAAACCAAAGAAAGAAAAUAUUAUAGCUUUUGAGGAAAUGAUUGAGCCAUACAGACUUCAUGAAGAUGAUAAAGAGCAAGAUAUUGCAGAUAAAAUGAAAGAAGAUGAACCAUGGCGAAUAACGGAUAAUGAGCUUGAACUUUAUAAGACCAAGACAUACCGGCAGAUCAGGUUAAAUGAGUUAUUAAAGGAACAUUCAAGCACAGCUAAUAUUAUUGUCAUGAGUCUCCCAGUUGCACGAAAAGGUGCCGUGUCUAGUGCUCUCUACAUGGCAUGGUUAGAAGCUCUAUCUAAGGACCUACCACCAAUCCUCCUAGUUCGUGGGAAUCAUCAGAGUGUCCUUACCUUCUAUUCAUAAAUGUUCUAUACAGUGGACAGCCCUCCAGAAUGGUACUUCAGUGCCUAGUGUAGUAACUGAAAUCUUCAAUGACACAUUAACAUCACAAUGGCGAAUGGUGACUUUUCUUUCACGAUUUCAUUAAUUUGAAAGCACACAGGAAAGUUGCUCCAUUGAUACGUGUAUGGAGACUUCGGUUUUAGUCAAUUCCAUAUCUCAGUCUUAAUGGUGAUUCUUCUCUGUUGAACUGAAGUUUGUGAGAGUAGUUUUCGUUUGCUACUUGAAUAGCAAUAAAAGCAUGUUAACUUUUUGAUUGAUGAAAGAAGUACAAAAAGCCUUUAGCCUUGAGGUGCCUUCUGAAAUUAACCAAAUUUCAUCCAUAUAUCCUCUUUUAUAAAUUUAUAGAAUGUCAAACUUUGCCUUCAACUGUUUUUAUUUCUAGUCUCUUCCACUUUAAAGCAAAAUGAACACUGCUUGUCUUCUUCCAUUGACCAUUUAGUGUUGAGUACUGUAUAUGUUUUGUUAAUUUUAUAAAGGUAUCUGUUAGAUAUUAAAGAUGAGAAUUAGGGCAGGUUAAUGAAAAAUGGGGAAGGGGAAAUGGUAACCAAAAAGUGACCCCAUGGUAAGGUUUAUAUAUGUGAAUAUAGAGCUAGGAAAAAAAGCCCCCCAAAUACCUUUUUAACCCCUCUGAUUGGCUAUUAUUACUAUAUUUAUUAUUAUUUAUUGAAACCUUAGGGAAGAUUGAAGAUUCAUCCCAUACUUCUUUCUAUAUACCAUGCUUAAAAAUCACGUCAUUCUUUAAACAGAAAUACUCAAGAUCAUUUAUAUUUAUUUGGAGAGAAAACUGUCCUAAUUUAGAAUUUCCCUCAAAUCUGAGGGACUUUUAAGAAAUGCUAACAGAUUUUUCUGGAGGAACUUUAGACAAAGCAAUGUCAUUUAGUAGAAUAUUUCAAUAUUUAAAUGGAAUUUCAGUAUACUGUACUAUCCUUUAUAAAUCAUUAAAAUAAUGUUUCAUCAAAUGGUUAAAUGGACCACUGGUUUCUUAGAGAAAUGUUUUUAGGCUUAAUUCAUUCAAUUGUCAAGUACACUUAGUCUUAAUACACUCAGGUUUGAACAGAUUAUUCUGAAUAUUAAAAUUUAAUCCAUUCUUAAUAUUUUAAAACUUUUGUGUUAAGAAAAACUGCCAGUUUGUGCUUUUGAAAUGUCUGUUUUGACAUCAUAGUCUACUAGUAAAAUUUUGACAGUGCAUAUGUACUGUUACUAAAAGCUUUAUAUAAAAUUAUUAAUGUGAAGUUUUUCAUUUAUAAUUCAAGGAAGGAUUUCCUGAAAACAUUUCAAGGGAUUUAUGUCUACAUAUUUGUAUGUGUGUGUGUGUAUAUAUGUAAUAUGCAUACACAUAUGCAUAUGUGUAUAUAUAAUGAAAUUUAUGUUGCUGGUAUUUUGCAUUUUAAAGUGAUCAAGAUUCAUUAGGCAAACUUUGGUUUAAGUAAACGUAAGUUCAAAAUCAGAUAAACAGAUACAGGUUUCAUAGAGAACAAAGGUGAUCAUUUGAAGGGCAUGCUGUAAUUUCACACAGUUCUCCAGUUCAAAAAUGGAGAAUACUUCACCUAAAAUACUGUUAAGUGGGUUAAUUGAUAUAAGUUUCUGUGGUAGAAAAUUUAUGCAGGUUUUCAUGAAUCUUUUUUUUUUUUUUUUUUUUGUUGAGAUGGAGUCUUGCUCUGUUGCCACGCUGGAAUGCAGUAACGCGAUCUCGGCUCACUGCAACCUCUGCCUCCCCAGUUUAAAUGAUUCUCCUGCCUCAGCCUCCCUAGUAGCUGGGACUACAGGUGCACGCCACCAUGCCCAGCUAAUUUUUGUAUUUUGAGUAGAGAUGGGGUUUCACCAUGUUGGCUAGGAUGGUCUCUAUCUCUUGACCUUGUGAUCUGCCCACCUCGGCCUCCCAGAAUGCUGGGAUUACAGGUGUGAGCCACCGCGCCUGGCUGGUUUUCAUGAAUCUUGAUAGACAUCUAUAACGUUAUUAUUUUCAGUGAUGUGCAGCAUUUUUGCUGCAUGAGUAUGAGCUAGAUAUAGAGAUCUGAUAACUUGAAUUCAGAAUAUUAAGAAAAUGAAGUAACUGAUUUUCUAAAAAAAAAAAAAAAAAAAAAAAAAUUUCUACGUUAUAACUCACAGCAUUGUUCCAUUGCAGGUUUUGCAAUGUUUUGCAACAGUAGAAAUAUUGUAUUAUUUGGUAAACAAUAAUGUGUGAACUUUUAAGAUGGAUAAUAGGGCAUGGACUGAGUGCUGCUAUCUUGAAAUGUGCACAGGUACACUUACUUUUUUUUUUAAGUUUUUCCCAUUCAGGAAAACAACAUUGUGAUCUGUACUACAGGAACCAAAUGUCAUGCGUCAUACAUGUGUGUAUAAAGUACAUAAAAUAUAUCUAACUGUUCAUAAUGUGGGGUGGGUAAUACUGUCUGUGAAAUAAUGUAAGAAGCUUUUGACUUAAAAAAAUGCAUUACUUUCACUUAAUACUAGACACCAGGUCGAAAAUUUUCAAGGUUGUUAUAGUACUUAUUUCAACGAUUCUUAGAGAUGCUAGCUAGUGUUGAAGCUAAAAAUAGCUUUAUUUAUGCUGAAUUUUGAUUUUUUAUGCCAAAUUUUUUUUAGUUCUAAUCAUUGGUGAUAGCUUGGAAAUAAAUAAUUAUGCCAUGGCAUUUGACAGUUCAUUAUUCCUAUAAAAGAAUUAAAUGAGUUUAGAGAGAAUGGUGGUAUUGAGCUGAUUAUUAACAGUUACUGAAAUCAAAUAUUUAUUUGUUACAUUAUUCCAUUUGUAUUUUAGGUUUCCUUCUACAUUCUUUUUAUAUGCAUUCUGACAUUACAUAUUUUUUAAGACUAUGGAAAUAAUUUAAAGAUUUAAGCUCUGGUGGAUGAUUAUCUGCUAAGUUUGAAAAUGUAAUAUUUUGAUAAUACUGUACUAUACCUGUCACACAAAUGCUUUUCUAAUGUUUUAACCCUGAGUAUUGCAGUUGCUUUGUACAGAGGUUACUGCAAUAAAGGAAGUGGAUUCAUUAAACCUA